CCUGUAUAUAAACACGGUACUCUCACAAUAUUAACACACAUUGUAAGUUUCGUUCAAUCAGUUAUCAUCGACAAUGCUUGGGAAAGUCAUCGUCCUGUUUUUCGUUGCGAGCGCAUGCGCACAGUAUGAUCCGCCACGCCCCCGCCCUCCCUCCCAGGAGAAACCCGGAAGCUGUCCGAAGUCCGAUAUCAUCACAACCUGUGAUUGUGAUCGAAGGAAUAUACAGUGUAAUGUAGAUGGAGAAUGCCCAGGAGAUCAGAAAUGCUGUUCUUACGGAUGUGGCUGUAGAACGAGAUGUGUAUCCCCAGAGAAGAAACGGGUCUGUACAUAUAACGGCAAGGUGUACACACCUGGACAGAGCUUCCCCUCCACUGACGGGUGUAACACGUGCACGUGCAGAUCUAAUGGACAUGUCACGUGUACUCGCAUGACCUGUAAUGAACCGCCCGUAUUGGACGUCUGCUCACAACCACAAGUAACCGGUCCAUGCAGAGCAUCCGUCCGUAGAUGGUGGUACAACAGCAAGACUAAUCGCUGUGAAAAAUUCACCUACGGCGGAUGUCAGGGAAACGAAAAUAAUUUCGAGACGAGGUGGGCGUGUCGCGGACGCUGUCAGCGGAACUCAUUUUCGUUCAAUCAGUUAUCGUCGACAAUGCUUGGGAAAAUCAUCGUCCUGUUCUUCGUUGCGAGCGCAUGCGCGCAGUAUGAUCCGCCACGCCCCCACCCUCCAUCCCUGGAGAAACCUGGAAGCUGUCCGAAGUCCGAUAUCAUCACAACCUGUGAAUGUGAUCCAAGGAAUAUAAAAUGCAAUGGAGAUGGAGAAUGCCCAGGAGACCAGAAAUGCUGUUCUUACGGGUGUGGCUGUAGAAGGAGAUGUGUAGCACCAGAGGGAACGUUAACACGGGUCUGUAAAUAUAACGGCAAGCUGUACAAGCCUGGACAAGGUUUCCCCUCCAGCGAUGGAUGUAACAGGUGCACGUGCGGAUCUAAUGGAUUUGUCAGUUGUACUAAAAGGGCCUGUAUUAAACCGCCCGUAUUGGACGUCUGCUCACAACCAAAAGUAACCGGUCCAUGCAGAGCAGCCUUCCGUAGAUGGUGGUACAACAGCAAGACCAAUCGCUGUGAAAAAUUCACCUACGGCGGAUGCAGGGGGAACAAAAAUAAUUUCAAGACGGAGUGGGCGUGUCGCGGACGCUGUCAGAGGAGAUCAUGUGAGUACAUCAGAAUAUCCCUGGUCGUCCUGUUCGACGCCCCAUUGACCUCUUCGUAUAAUACAGAGAACCACAGAGAUGCCACGAUCCAAAACGCCACACAGAGAACCACAGAGACGCCACGAUCCAAAAACGCCACAAAAAUGUGGUGCACUAAUCCAGAAGCAUUGUGUUAA